GCUCACAGCUCCAGAUGUCACGUGACGGGGACCCAGUCAGUCACAUGACCCGCUCGCGCCGGCUAAAGCAGGCAUGAGCCCUCAGCUCCGGCCAGCCCUGUCCUGGGCCUGGGCCCUGCUGCUAGCACUGGGGCCGCUGGGCCUGGAGGCGGGGGCCUACAGAGACCCAGACCCCAACUUCCGGGAGGACUACUUCGAGCAGCUUCUGGACCAUUUCAACUUCGAGAGGUUUGGCAACAAGACCUUCCUCCAGCGCUUCCUGAUAUCAGACAAGUUCUGGAAAAGGGGCGAGGGGCCCCUGUUCUUCUACACGGGCAACGAGGGGGACGUGUGGUUCUUUGCCAACAACUCGAGGUUCAUCCUGGAGCUGGCGAUGCAGCAGGAGGCCCUGGUUGUGUUUGCGGAGCACCGGUACUACGGGAAGUCGCUCCCGUUCGGCGAGCAGUCCACGCAGCGCGGGCACACGGAGCUGCUGACCGUGGAGCAGGCCCUGGCCGACUUCGCCAGGCUGCUCCGGUCACUGCGGCAGGACUUCAAGGCUCGGGACGUCCCCGCCAUCGCCUUCGGCGGCAGCUACGGGGGAAUGCUCAGCGCCUACAUGAGGAUGAAGUACCCCCAUCUUGUGGCGGGCGCGCUGGCGGCCAGUGCACCUGUGGUGUCGGUGGCGGGCCUCAGCGACUCCCACCAGUUCUUCCGGGACCUGUCUGUGAUUUUUGAGAACCAGAGUCCCGAGUGUGCCCAGGGCGUGCGGGACGCGUUUCGGCAGAUUAAGGACUUGUUCCUGCAGGGAGCCUACGAGGAACUCAGCCGGGAGUUUGGUACCUGCCAGUUGGUCACGGACUGGAAGAGCCUGGCCCAGCUCUUCGGGUUUGCCCGGAAUGCCUUCAUCAUGCUGGCCAUGCUGAACUACCCAUACCCCACCGACUUCACGGGGCACCUGCCUGCCAACCCCGUUCAGGUCGGCUGCAAACGGCUGCUGAGCGAGACCCACAGGAUCAGGGGGCUCCAAGCGCUGGCAGGGCUGCUGUACAACUCCUCGGGCACGGAGCCCUGUUACAACAUCUACCAGCAGUACCAGGCCUGUGCAGACGCCACAGGCUGCGGCCUGGGCCCCAACGCCAAGGCCUGGGACUACCAGGCCUGCACCGAGAUGAACCUGGCCUUCUCCAGCAACAACCGGACGGACAUCUUCCCUGACCUGCAGUUCACCGAGGACCUGCGCCAGCAGUACUGCCAGGAGACAUGGGGCGUGUAUCCUCGGCGGGACUGGCUGCUGACCAACUUUGGGGGCGCUGACCUCAGAGCAGCCAGCAACAUCAUCUUCUCCAACGGCGACCUGGACCCCUGGGCAGGGGGCGGGAUUCGGAGUAACCUGAGUGCGUCGGUCCUGGCCAUCACCAUCCACGGGGGAGCACACCACCUGGACCUCAGAGCGUCCCACCCGGAAGACCCCAUGUCUGUCAGGGAGGCACGCAAGCUGGAGGCCACCGUCAUCCACAAGUGGGUCACGGCAGCCAGGCAUAAGCAGCAGCUGCAGCAGGAGCGGAAAGGGGGCUCAGAAGCUGAGGGGCGCACUCCCACCUAGGACCAGCGGAGACUGCCUCCCAGUCACUUGAACCUCAGCUCAGUCAUGGGGUGCAGGGGCCUUGCACGAGGGAGGAUCUGACCGAAGGCCUGGUGGCCCAGCCAAGCCUGUCCCGUCCCAGCUGUGGUCCACGUGCAGGAGCGUGACAGUGAGCGCGCGGCCCAACCUUCCCAUGUCCGCCACGCGUCAAUAAAACAAACCUCAAUCCUC